CUGCACCGGGAUCAAGGUUACCCUGGGCGUGACUUGUUGGACGUGAUUUAGCUAGUUUUGCCGUGCGUUUGUCUAUUAGACUGGAAUUAUUAGCUUAUAGAAUAUUCCAAGAUGGAUGUUGAUAAAGUGCGCAUGGAGAAGUUGGAGAAGCUAAAGGGGAUGAGUGACCAGGUGCGCAUCGGUGGCAAAGGUACAGCUCGACGGAAGAAAAAAGUAGUUCAUAAGAAUGCUGCCGCCGAUGAUAAAAAACUUCAAAGUUCACUAAAGAAACUAAACCUCAAUACUAUCCCAACCAUAGAGGAGGUUAACAUGUAUAAACCAGAUGGGACUAUGAUUCACUUCAAGAAUCCAAAAGUUCAAGCAGCUCCACAAGCUAAUGUAUUCGCAGUUUCUGGACAAGCUGAAUACAAAACACUAAAUGAUUUGUUCCCAAAUAUGCUUAAUCAAUGGGAGACAGCAAAAUUACGAUUGGCAAAAAUGAAUGAAAACUCAAAAACAUCAGAUUCAAAGGCAGAUGAUGGAGACGAUGAUGUACCAGAGCUUGUGGAAGAUUUUGAUGAGAAAAGUCGUUUGGAAUAGUUUAAUAAUUAACAAAUGUACAUCGAGUGAAUGUGUAUGACUCAGUCAUUACUUUGCAGUGAAAGUCACUCAGUACACCAAUUGUAAUGUACAAUGUUUGUUUUUAAUUACUUCUCACAGCUUUUUUCUCCGGUUCCAUUUACUAGUUGUGCAUUGUCAAUCUGUCCUGGUAAUAUUCAUUUUGUUUGACAAAAUGUCUUAUAAAUGAAAUAAACAAUUCAAUUAUGUAUCGACUAGAAUCAAGUUGUAUAGCAAACUGUACUAACAUUCAAGUAAAUGGGAUUUUGAAUA